GUUUUUUGAUGUUUGACAAAUUAUUUUCCUUGUGAGAACAUAAAAUUAAAAUAAAAGUUUUUACUUCACAAAAUGUUAUGCCGACUCUGUUUAAAAGAUUCUGAUUGCUGCUUGGAAAUAUUUGACGUUAAUGGCGAACAAUUGGAAAUUGCGGAAAUAUUGAAACGACACUUCUGGUUCCAGCCUCUGCCUUCUGACACCAUUUCAACGGUGAUAUGUCGAAUUUGUUGGUUAAAAGUAAGCGAUUUCCAUCAAUUUUAUUUGACAAUAGAACAAGCACAUUCGAGUCUGAGUGGUACCUGCGUGAAACUUGAAACCGUAACUGUGACUGAUCAGGAUUUUACUGAACAGUCUGUUCAAAUUAAAGAGGAAUGUUUAGAAUAUUUAAGCAUAAAUGAGAAAGUUGAAGAAUUGAUUAAUCCAUUAUAUGAAGCAGAAUUAGACCAUAGUAUGAAUGAGGAUUCAGAAGAAGAUGAAAUAAAAACCAAAGAAAUUAAAAAUGAGUCAAAUGCUGUAAACAUAACAGAAAAAAUACCGAGACAAAAGCGGAAAUAUGUGCGAAGGAAACAAUGUAAAAAAAUACUGGGAAAGAGUAAACUGGAUGAAGAUGAAGACGACAGUGAAGAUGAUGAUGAUGAUGAUGAGCAGGAAAAACCAAAACGGCAAAAAGUUAUUACCUCAACGCCACAAGACGAUGCUAUGGUUAAAAAAUACAUUCCCAUGGGCUGUGAACUUUGUACAUUUGUGGGUGAAGACUUCACCGCAAUGGCUAAACAUUUCCGUUUGCAACAUCCCAUGAUUAAACCGUACAUUCGUUGUUGCAACAAAAAAUUAAAUAAACGGUUUAAAGUUGUUCAGCACGCGUAUAAACACGAGGAUCCUGAUUUUUUUAAAUGUCAGGAUUGCCAAAAAGUGUUUUCUGAUCGGUACACUUUAAAAUCUCAUAUGAUUGCUGCGCAUGCCCCAGAGGAAGAACUCAAUUUCGCCUGUGACCAAUGUCCCAAAAAGUUUUCACGAAAGCAUUUAUUAGAGUUACAUCGGCCUUCACAUGUACCAAUGGAUGAGCGCUCUUUCAUAUGUGAUCAAUGUCCAAACAGUCGAUUUGCUAGCAAUCAUUUAUUGAAAAUUCACAUAAGCAUGCGUCAUCGUCGGGCAACUAACGUUUGUCAUGUGUGCGCUAAAGAGAUUCGGGAUAAAGCAUCAUUUGAAAAGCAUGUACGUUUACAUUUCGAAGACAGCGGACCUCGUGUUAAAUGUCCACGACCUGAUUGCGAUCGGUGGCUUAAGGAUGAAGAAAAUUUGCGGCAGCAUAUGCGUCGACAUAAUGAUGAGGGACUGGUUUUCAAAUGUGAUGAAUGUAACCGCGUUUGCAAAAAUCGUCGCGCGUUACGAAGUCAUAUACUUUAUGUGCACUCAAAUGAAGUUUUCACCUGUGAGGAGUGUAAUAAAACUUUCAAAAAAGCAAUUACUUUGAGGGAACAUAUGGCACAGCAUACUGGUGAAAGCCUCUACAAGUGUCCAUUUUGUACUCGAACUUUCAAUUCAAAUGCUAAUAUGCACUCGCAUAAGAAAAAAAUGCACCCUAUUGAAUGGGACGUGUGGCGAAAAACGAAACAAGGGAGUUCACAGCAGUUGAUAAGUAAACAACAGAGCACUUUGUAAAUAAAAUGCAUAGCAGUAAUAAUAGCUAUUACUAAAAUUACCAAUUUCAGAAUAAGUUUCGUUUAUUUUUUGUUACAUACAUAAGUAGCCCCUAUACAGGGCUUUUCCGGAAAGUAAAAGGACUGAGUCGAUUUAAAAAAUGUA